CUGAGCUCUGGAAGGAGGGAGAGGCAAGGGAGUCGAGAUAGAUAGAAAACGACACAAGAGGCGCAAGGACAGCAAUAUCGUGCUUUAAUGUAUGUUUUAUAACAACUAGACUAGUUCUCUACUCUGUCAACUCAGACCGUCCACGCUACUAGAUACUUAACUUCGUCCGAUCCUGCUUAUUGUCGGCUUUUCUCAUGCGGUCUGGUUUGGAGGGAAAUAAGCCAGAAGAAUGAUCAUGACUCACACACCUUGGAGGUAGAUUGGAUAAUCGUGUGAUCCCUUAAACCCUGCCUUUCGAAUAACCUGCUUGGUCUGAAACUGACACACCCCUGGACCUGACUCAGGAACACUCAUCAACCCUGGUUAAAGUGCAACUGAAACCCCUCCCUUCUUUAACCCUCUGCCCACUGGGAUAAAUGAGUGGACCGGCUGGAGAGGUUAGGGCUGGGUUAUGUACCAGAACCCACACAGAAUGUCCUGGUUUAGCGGCUUCCUAGUGGCCAGAGUGGACGACCGCAAGACCGCGUGGGGGGAGCGCAAUGGGAAGAAGUCCAAGCAGAAGGGAGGCUCGUCCCUCUGCCACCCGCGUUACAUGAGUUGCCUGCGGGACCCGGAUGCAAUGGAGCCCCCCUCCGGAGCCCCCCUCAACCCUCCCCAGCGCGGAGGGGGCGCCGGGACAGCGGGGGGGGGGGGCAACUUCGGUGUGCGCUGCAUCUGGCAGGAGGACCACUACGGCAAACAGGUUGGCGCCUCCGGCGAGGGCGUGGGCCUCAAAUCCGUCGACCUGGCCUUCGAGGACGGGGACCUCAAGGGGAGGAAGGGCGGGGCCGAUGACUGCCUCAACGGGGGAGGGGCGGUGACGGCAGCCGACUGCUGGCUGCGGGUGGUGCGCGUGUUCCAGUCCAAGAAGUUCCAGUCCCACAAGCUGGAGCGUCUGUACCAGCGCUACUUCUUCCGGCUCAACCAGAGCUCCCUCACCAUGCUGAUGGGCGUGCUGGUCAUCGUGUGCGGCGUCAUGCUGACAUUCCACUGCGUCCACGCGGCCCCGGAUGUGGCCUACUCCUCCGCCCUCUCAGUGGCCAUGGCCCUGUUCAUGGCCCUCAUGGUGGUGUGCAACCGGAACGGCUUCCACCAGGACUACAUGUGGAUGGUGAGCUACCUGGUCAUCGGGGUGCUGCUGCUGGUCCAGGUCUUUGGGGUGCUGAUGGUGGCGCCGCGGAGCGCAUCCGAGGGCAUCUGGUGGUCGGUCUUCUUCAUCUAUAUCAUCUACACGCUGCUCCCUGUCCGGAUGAGAGCGGCCGUGCUGAGCGGCGGGGUGCUCUCCACUAUCCACCUGGUCACCACUUGGCAGUUCAACAUGGAAGACGUGUUCCUCUGGAAACAGCUGAGUGCCAACGUGUUGAUCUUCCUCUGUACCAACAUCAUCGGGAUCUGUACCCACUACCCUGCCGAGGUGUCCCAGAGACAGGCCUUUCAGGAGACCAGAGGCUACAUCCAGGCCAGAUUGCACCUGCAGAGAGAGAACCAGCAGCAGGAACGCCUGUUGCUGUCUGUGUUGCCAAGGCAUGUUGCCAUGGAGAUGAAGGCUGACAUCAACGCUAAAAAGGAAGACAUGAUGUUCCAUAAGAUCUACAUCCAAAAACAUGACAAUGUCAGUAUUCUGUUUGCAGACAUCGAGGGCUUCACCAGCUUGGCCUCUCAGUGUACGGCUCAGGAGUUGGUCAUGACACUAAAUGAGCUAUUCGCCCGCUUCGACAAACUAGCAUCGGAGAACCAUUGUCUACGUAUUAAGAUCCUUGGGGACUGCUACUACUGUGUUUCUGGGCUGCCAGAGCCUCGCGCCGACCAUGCCCACUGCUGUGUGGAGAUGGGCGUUGACAUGAUAGAGGCCAUCUCGCUGGUGCGAGAGGUCACAGGGGUCAACGUGAACAUGCGUGUGGGCAUUCACAGCGGCCGUGUACACUGUGGGGUGCUGGGACUCAGGAAGUGGCAAUUUGAUGUGUGGUCAAAUGACGUCACGCUAGCCAACCACAUGGAGGCUGGUGGUAAGGCAGGGAGGAUCCACAUCACCAAGGCAACUCUACAGUAUCUGAAUGGGGACUAUGAGGUGGAACCUGGCUUUGGAGGGGAGAGGAACGCCUAUCUGAAGGAAAACAGCAUCGAGACCUUCCUGGUGCUAGGCUGCAGCCAGAAACGGAAAGACGAGAAGGCCAUGAUGGCCAAGAUGCAGAGGACGCGAUCCAACUCCAAUGAAGGCCUAAUGCCUCGCUGGGUGCCAGACACAAGGUUCUCCAGGACCAAGGAUUCCAAAGUCUUCAGACAGAUGGGAAUUGAUGAGUCUUCCAGCAAAGACAACCGGGGCACCCAGGAGACAAUGAACCCUGAGGAUGAAGUGGAUGAGUUUCUGGGGCGAGCCAUAGAUGCCCGGAGCAUCGACCAGCUGAGAAAAGACCACGUCAAGAAGUUCCUGCUUACCUUCCAGACCUCCAGCCUGGAGAAAAAGUAUUCCAAGAAGGUGGACGAUCGUUUUGGGGGUUAUGUGGCUUGUACUCUACUGGUCUUCUGCUUCAUCUCUUUCAUCCAAAUUGUCAUCUUUCCACACACCCCGGUCAUGCUAGGGAUCUACAUCAGUAUCUUCAUCAUCCUCGCCAACAUCCUCUUCAUCUGUGCCAUAUAUUCCUGCAUUAAGCUGUUUCCGGCUGCGAUGCAAACAGUGUCAAAGAAGAUAGUCCAGUCUCGUACCAACAGCACUCUGGUGGGGGUGUUCACCAUCAUCCUCGUCUUCAUCUCUGCCUUUGUCAACAUGUUUGCCUGUGACACAGAGAGCUUGGUGGAGUGCAUCGCCCGAGAGCUGAACAUGUCUGUUGCCAUGGUGACACCCUGUCUGAUCCGUAACUUGUCCGUGUCGGUUGACGGGGGUCUUGACAUCUGCCCCAGCCAGGGCCUGUCGUGCCCCUUCCCAGAGUACUUCAGCUACAGUGUCUUGCUGACCCUGCUGGCGUGUUCAGUGUUCCUGCAGAUCAGUAGUAUAGGGAAGCUGGCCCUCAUGUUACUAAUCCAGCUCACUUUUCUGCUGCUGAUGGAGUGGCCACAGGUGGCGCUGUUCGACAACGCCGACCUCUUUGUCACCUCCAACGCCCUUGAUUUCAAUGAAACUAUUCAGUGGUCCAGUUUCAAUGAAACUAUGGAUGAGUGCACGUUUGGUGUGACCAAAGUGUCCCUGAGGGUAAUGACCCCUGUGAUCCUCACUGUGUUUGUGCUGGCUCUCUACCUCCACGCCCAGCAGGUGGAAUCCACCUCACGCCUGGACUUCCUCUGGAAACUACAGGCUACAGAGGAGAAGGAGGAGAUGGAGGAGCUUCAGGCCUACAACCGCCGCCUCCUCCACAACAUCCUGCCCAAGGACGUGGCCGCCCACUUCCUGGCACGGGAGCGGAGGAACGACGAGCUCUACUACCAGUCGUGUGAGUGCGUGGCGGUCAUGUUCGCCUCCAUCUCCAACUUCUCUGAGUUCUACGUUGAACUGGAGGCCAACAACGAAGGCGUUGAGUGUCUGCGGCUGCUCAACGAGAUCAUCGCAGACUUUGACGAGAUCAUCAGUGAGGAGAAGUUCCGUCAGCUGGAGAAGAUCAAGACUAUCGGCAGCACCUACAUGGCCGCCUCAGGUCUCAACGACUCCACUUACGACCGCGAGGGCCGCUCCCACAUCACGGCUUUGGCCGACUACGCCAUGAGACUGAGGGAGCAGAUGAAGUACAUCAACGAGCAUUCCUUCAACAACUUCCAGAUGAAGAUUGGUCUGAACAUCGGGCCGGUGGUUGCAGGAGUGAUUGGAGCACGGAAGCCACAGUAUGAUAUCUGGGGAAACACAGUAAACGUGGCCAGUCGCAUGGACAGCACAGGGGUCCCAGACCGCAUUCAGGUGACAACUGAUCUCCACCAGGUGCUUUCAGAUAUAGGAUAUGUUCUGGAGUGUCGCGGUGUCGUUAAAGUCAAGGGCAAAGGGGAAAUGACGACCUACUUCCUGAAUGACGGACCGCCCAAUAGUUAGCAGCCGUGGCAGCUUUAGCUGGGACUAUUCCCAUGGCAAAGACACUGCACCACUAAUGGGGACUCACACCACGAGCUAGCAGCUAACAACUAGCGAUGCCAUCACUUGAAAACCGAGCAAAGAGAAAAGACUUUGAGACUCCAGGACUUGAGAAGGAAAGUGUUCUUGUGGGGCAGACAUGUUUUUGCGCCCCCACACAUGGAAGGAUGAGUAGUUUUCUCAUGUCUAGCCUCUCCCUCAGGCUACUUGAAAGAUGCAAAGUCUGUUUAUUUAAAACAACGCCUUUAGCCUGUGUCAAAAUAAGAAAAAUGCUGUACAUAAGGCUACUUUUUAUUUGACUUCAUUUUGUGUGAUUUUUCUUUGUAAUUAUUUUUGAAAAGAGUUAUGAAACAGGUACUCAUGUUUUAUUUUGGAGUUAUUUAUUUUAAUCUUGAUGUUUUGUGCAAAAAGUCCUUUAUGAAAAGUGUGUUAACAUACAAACACAAAUAUCCAGUUUAUUACACGUUUCUGAUUGUGUAUGUAAAUGCAUAUUUGUAUGCGUAUGCGAAUAUGUGUAUAAAUUAAGAAGGAAAAUAUUGACCAAAGACCAAAGUAUUUACAAAAAACAAGACAAGACAUGUCUGUUAUGUUCUCACGAAAGACUAAAUCUGUUGUACGCAGCAUCCUCAGACUUUUUACUACGGUUCUGGCGAAGGCUAUUUCUCACUACAUGAAAAAUCUGUAAUAACUUUCAUUUUAAGGUCCAGUACAGUUUCAGUGAUAACAUCUGUAGGAUUACUUUGCCCCAUCUCUACAAUAUCUUAUUUGAGAGUAAUGACUUGGAAGUCCGGUACAGAGGAUUUAACAAAAUGAAAGGAUAUGGCAGUUCCACCCAGGUUGUUGGCCUGCUCCUCCCUAACCCAUGUCACAAUAACUCACACUGCAAUGCUCAAUAAGAGCUGAGAGUUUGAGAACCCAAGGUACAGCUUUAUACAUCACCACCAUUAAGGCAUACUGUCGACUGCUCCGCCCCUUUCGAUGAAGUACGUUUUCUGUGCAAGUGGAAAUAAAAGGUUUUCAAACAACAAAAAAGGUCCCAGACCCAUGAAAGAAGAAGUCUGGGAUUAUGAUGCAGUUGUGUUGGACACCCUCCUACCUUUGAAUCGCUAACAAGAUUUAUUUUCUAAAGCAAGAAGGAAGUAUAUAUGUAUACUCUAUAUAUUAUACUUCAACAGAUUAUGACUGAAUACUGUGCUUUAUAAUCUUAAAGGGGCAUAACAAUUUUCACUGUGAGGUUUUUAUGAUACAACAUGAACUGCUUUGUUGCCAAACUUAACCGCUCUAAAGCAUGUCUGAUAUCCUCUUUUCAUUUUUGUUCGUUUUAACAUUGGAUAUUUUGUAUCGCCUCUGUAAUCAUCAUUUGAAUUAUUCUUAUGGUCAUUAUUUUGAUUAAUUCUAAUGCUUAUUAUGAUAAUUCCAUUCCAGGGAUGAGAAAGACCAGAAUGCUUUCUUAUAAAAUGUCAGACGUAAGCUCAAGCUUAUUGGUACCAACUGAUCAACUGCAUCUUUUCCACCACCCUACAGUAUUUCAAACACAGGCCCUAAACUCCAUCACAUACCCAUUAACUGCUGCUUUGGCGUCAGUCUCCAAGCUCUGCCAUGAAUAACGGAAUCAUUUACACACAAAUACGGAUUGUACACAUGUACCUUUCUACUAAGCAAACACUACUGCACGAUCAGGUUGCUGGCUUAUCCCAUGUCUUCUCGGACUACGUGUCCCUGCUCAUAGAAACAGGACACAAUCAGCAGUCUGAGCAGUAUUUCCUAUUCUGCCUUAAUUGAACCAGCCACUGGAGAAUACAGCAGGAACAGGAACGGUGCCUGAUUGCCACAGCUGAGUUUACUUCUGACAGCAUAGAGGAGGAAGAGAGGAAAGGGGAGAGCGACAGCCCAUGAAAGCUAAAAGAAAUCCUUUACUGACCUUAUGAUUGACUGAAAAGAGACUUCACACUGUUCGUUUGACUUCGCAUUCCCUCAUAGGGCCCUCGUCAUCGUUACUCUCGCUACCACACUUAAACUAUGGCAACCGACAGUUGAUCACGUUCGUACCAUAAAGAGCUCCUGCGGCCUUGCGCUAUUGGUCCCUUCCCUUGCUGUGAAGUGUGGCCUUGAGCGUGUGGGACAACCAGGGAACAGUAACGGUCAUGGACUUGAUAAACAACUGAGGUUGUAACUGACAGAGAGAUUCACAGAAGAAGUAGAUCCAUAUAAUGGACGUGGCUAGUAAGGUGAUACACAGUGUGUCCUUUCCAUUUCUAUGGGAUGUCUUUCAGAUUGGACUGGGUGUUGAUUGUUGACUUUUGGGAUGUUUUUAGGGGACACUGAAGGGGAGGAGGGGUCAAGUACUACUGAAAAAGGCCUGAUGAAUCCUACCCUAUUACUUUUUUCUGAGUUCAUUUUCUACCCCCCGAGUUGAAAAGGGACUGUUUUUUUCUGAUAUGAAUGACAAAAAGAGUUGUGGACUAGAAAAAUAACAAUACCCCUUGAAGAAAAAAAUAAAAAGUCAAUGGCU